GAGACCUAGGCCCUAGCGAGACCCAUCUCGUUCUUGGAUUUUGUUCUUAGGAACGAUCCUUACCUUUUCCACUUCGGCAGAAUCCGCCUCCGAAUCCCCACCCCCCAGUCCCCUCACUCACUUGGUCCACGAGAUUCCGCCCGGCUCAUCGUUAAGAUUCCUCUUGGCGCAAGAUUCCUGCGUCUCCUCGUCCAAAUAUUCUUCCAGCAUAGUGGUUCCUCUUGAUUUCUGCGGCCUAAUGGGGAGCAGAGAUGACGAUAGUCAGAGCACCGAAGGCCAGGGCUAUGCUGCGGAUAUCAAUUCCAUCAGGGAGGCGCAGACCCGCAUCGCCCCAUAUGUGCACAAGACACCCAUUCUGUCAUCGACAUCUAUUGACGCCAUUGUGGGGAAGCAGUUGUUCUUUAAGUGUGAAUGCUUCCAGAAGGCAGGGGCAUUCAAGAUCAGAGGGGCAUCCAAUUCAAUAUUUGCCCUUGAUGAUAAUCAGGCAUCAAAGGGUGUCGUGACACAUAGCAGUGGGAAUCAUGCUGCUGCUGUGGCUCUGGCUGCAAAGUUGCGUGGCAUUCCUGCUUACAUUGUCAUACCCAAAAAUGCACCAGCUGACAAUGUUAAGCGUUAUGGUGGUCGUGUUAUCUGGAGUGAUGCCAAUAUGGAAUCAAGAGAAUCUAUCGCUAGAAGAGUCCAGGAGGAGACUGGUGCUGUUCUUGUUCAUCCAUUCAAUGAUAAGUACACUAUCAGUGGUCAGGGUACAGUAUCCCUUGAACUUUUGGAGCAAGUCCCUGAGAUCGACACAAUAAUCGUUCCAAUUAGUGGCGGUGGUUUGAUAUCUGGUGUGGCACUGGCUGCAAAGGCCAUAAAUCCUUCAAUACGUAUUCUAGCAGCUGAACCAAAGGGUGCUGAUGAUUCAGCCCAGUCCAAAGCUGCUGGACGGAUCAUCAAACUAGCUACAACUGACACGAUUGCUGAUGGACUACGAGCUUUUCUCGGUGACUUGACAUGGCCGGUGGUGCGUGACUUGGUGGACGAUAUCAUCGUGGUGGAUGACAAUGCCAUUGUUGAUGCCAUGAAAAUGUGUUACGAGAUGCUGAAGGUGGCUGUGGAGCCUAGCGGAGCCAUUGGCCUUGCCGCUGUGCUCUCUGACGAGUUCAAGCAAAGCUCUGCUUAUCAUGAGAGCAGCAAGAUAGGGAUCAUUGUUUCUGGAGGGAAUGUGGAUCUCCGUGUGCUUUGGGAUUCUCUGUAUAAAUGAUGAAUGGGCCAUACAACUUUGUAUCGAAACUGAAAUGCACCAGAAGAUUUGCUGCAGACUUGUAAUUAAACUGUCUGUUGAGUUA